AUGUACGCUGGCGGCGGUGGUGGUGGUGCCGCUCAUGAUUUGCGUAUGUCCGUUGUCGCAACGGUGUUUCGCCUCGGUUACGGCUCGGCAACAUCAUCACCACCACCCUCAUCGGUGACGAUACGAGGAUCGACAUACAAGACGGACAGAUGGUUCAACGUGCCGCCCAACGUGCUGGAAGCCACCUCCCGCGGGCUUCACAUGCAAAAGGACCAUCCCAUCUCGAUCACGCGCAAGAUACUGGAGGCCAGCUUCCCGCCCCCGACGUACCGGUGUCACCACGCGCUGAGCCCGGUGGUGACGACGGAGCAGAACUUCGACUCUCUCGGCUUCCCUCGGGACCACCCGGGCCGCGCCCGCUCGGACACGUACUACGUCAACGCCACGACGCUGCUGCGCACCCACACGAGCGCGCACCAGGCCGACACGUUCCGCGCCGACGAGAGCGACGGCUACCUCAUCGCCGCCGACGUGUACCGGCGCGACGCCAUCGACAGCAGCCACUACCCCGUCUUCCACCAGAUGGAGGCGGCGCGGUCGUGGGACCGCCGCCUCGUCCCGGACGGGGACGUGGCCGCCGCCAUCAUGCGCGACGUCGAGCUGCUCCCCCGCCACGGCGUCGAGGUGGAGGACGACACCCCGGCCUUCCACCCCGAGCGCAACCCGCUCCAGGGCGAGCACCACUCCCCCGCCGAGGCGCAGGCCAUCACGGCGCACCUCAAGCGCUCGCUCGAGAACAUGGUGGUCGACGUCUUCUCCCGCGCAGAGAGGGCCAGGGCCGCCCUGGACGGCGCCGAGGUGCGACGUCCCGCUGAGGGGGAGGGGGAGGGGGAGGGGGCGGAGGAGCCGCUGCGCAUGCGCUGGGUCGAGGCCUCGUUCCCGUUCACGAGCCCCUCGUGGGAGCUCGAGGUCUACUACGCCGGCGACUGGCUCGAGAUGCUGGGCUCCGGCGUUGUCAGGCAGCACCUGUACAUCGACGCCGGCGUGCCGCACAAGCUCGGCUGGGCCUUCGGCAUCGGCAUCGACCGCCUGGCCAUGCUGCUCUUCAGGAUCCCCGACAUCCGGCUCUUCUGGUCGCGCGACCGCCGGUUCCUCUCGCAGUUCGAGGGCGUGGAGGACAACCUGGACGGCCUGAGGAGCUUCGUCCCCUUCUCCAAGUACCCGCCCGCACCGCGGGACCUGUCGUUCUGGCUGCCCCGGAGCAGCCGGGAUGGAGCCGCGGGCGAUGCCUUCCACGAGAACGACGUGAUGGAGAUUGUCAGGUCCGUCGGGGGCGAUACCGUCGAGGAGGUCAAGCAGUUCGACGCCUUCACCCACCCCAAGACGGGGAGGGAGAGCAGGGCGUACCGCAUCGUGUACCGGAGCUGGGAUCGCACCCUGACCAGCUCCGAGACGAACGAGCUGCACGACCGGGUGUGCGAGGCUCUCACCAGGGAGCUGGGCGUGACGCUGCGGUAG